AUGAGUGAAUACUCCAGAGACGAAGUCAGUCAUUGUCUUGGUGGCCGCCGGGUUGUCUUUGCAGGCGACUCAACAGUGCGUCAGAUUUACUGGGCUGCCGCCACCAGGCUGGACCACGAGAAAGCCCACGUUGCCCUGCUGGACGUUUUGGUGGACAACACCAAGCAUGAAAACCUUCACUUCGAGGCUGAGGGAGUACAGUUGGAAUUCAUCUGGGACCCGUGGCUGAAUACGUCCCACCUCGAAACGGAACUGAGGAGAUUUCGCAUACAAGAGAGUGUCGCAGACAUUGGCACCGUUCGGACGAAAAGCGAGGAGUCCGCUGCGCUCGUAGUCCUGGGUUCUCCUGGAUUAUGGGCCGCUCGACACGGAGAGGACGAUUAUUUCGACAUCUUCAAGCGCGGCAUCGACAAUGUCCGAGCCCACUUGCAAUCAAGGGUUGACAGCACUUUGGUAUCCCCGACUGCUAACCUGACAAGAAACUACGACCUGGCUCCCAAUCAGAUCUUUCUUGCCCCUAUCCAAACUCCUUGGUACGAGUCUCUCUCAAAGGAUAGGGCUGCUACAAUGACCCGCGAGAAGAUCAAUAAGAUGAACAACUACCUGGAGAUGCUAUCUUGGGACGAGCAAUCCCACGUGUUGUGGGCUUAUAGUAGGAUGACCCUUGAUGGACGCGACGCGUUCGAAGACACUGGAAUCCAUGUCGUCGAGGGUGUCGGAGAGAGGAAAAUCGACAUUCUUCUAAACGCCCGCUGCAACUCCGGAGUCGGCCAUGAAUACCCACAUAAGCAAACAUGCUGCAUGAGAUACCCUCAGCGGAACUCACUUCAGUUCAUGUUAUUUCUCUCGUUGCCGUUCGUCGGGCCAUCUAUGUUGCGAUGGACCAACGGCCGGACGAGGUUGGUAUUUCUGCAGGGUAUGCUGCCUUCAAAUGAUGUUUUGAGUGCAGCGCGAUUCCUUGCUGUUGUGUUUGCGUUAUGUUGGGGCCUCGACCGCAGUCACUUGAUCCAGAAAGUAGAGCGCCACUAUGAAGAAGGAUCCUUUCUUGCGGUCUGUGCAGUCUUCCUGCUGGUCAGUCUUCUGUCACGGCGAAACUCCGCCAACGCUGGCCUAGGUGACUGCGCCCAGGUCACGACGAGACCUAUUGGUAGGUUCACGACAGAUCACGACCAAAGAUUUCUGCCGCGUGAGCAAUGUGACGAAUGGAAAGGAUGGAUGCAAGCCUUGAUCCUCAUGUAUCAUUACAACUAUGCGUCUCAAACACUCUGGGUGUAUAAAGUCGUCAGGUUGCUUGUUUCAGCUUACAUCUUCCUGUCAGCGUACGGCCACACCCUGUACCUUCUCAAAACAGAAGACUUUUCACUACGAAGAGUAGCUGUCGUCAUUUUCCGCCUCAACCUUCUGAGCGCUGUACUUCCGUAUGUUAUGAUGACCGACUACAACUUUUACUAUUUCGCACCCGUCGUCAGCUUCUAUUACCUGGUGACCUGGUCCACACUCCGCGUCUACAGAAGUCUCAAUCAGAGUCCGCUGCUGCUCUUGGUCAAGAUCAUGGUAGCAGCCAUUAUCACGAGCUGCAUUAUACUGAUACCUCAACCCGUCGCCGGGGUCAGCACUCUCUGUCGUGUGGUGUUCCGCAUGUCAUGGGACUCUAGCGAAGCACGCUUUAGGCUCGGGCUGGAGCGCCUUAUCGGGUUCUUCGGAAUGGCGACCGCAAGCCUGGUCCACAGAACAGCAACUAUUCGAACACGUCGAACAUUCGAUUUCGCAACUGCAUCGUUGUCGCAGUCCCACCAAGAAAGCGCUGUCGAUCCUUUACUCUAUGUGCUCGCGUUUCCAGACUCACUUGGAAACCCUCUUAAGAUGGUCACCAGCACCGUCGCAGCUGCCUUCAUCUUUUUCUAUAUCAUUGUGACUCAAGCUACUCUCAAUGACAAGGUACAGUACAACAUUGGGCACCCAUACAUGUCAUGGAUCCCCAUUUUGUCUUUCGCCAUCCUGCGGAACUCGCACCAUAAGCUACGCAAAACGUACCUAGGGUUGCCUGCAGCUUUAGGCAGAAUCUCUCUCGAGACCUACGUUUUUCAGUACCACAUGUGGCUGGGAAGUGAUGCAACAUCGAGAUUGAGGAUUGGACUUUGGGACCGGUUCGGUAGUUCAGCAACUUGGGCUUUGCCACUGAGAGUUCUCGAGACGGUGCUGCUCACAGCAGUGUUCAUCUGCGUCAGUGCACAAACACGAAACGCUACAGAGACCUUGACUCAAUGGCUAGCUGGUACGAAGCGCACGACUGGGCGCUGUAGAGCCGUCGAGAGCUCUGCAGAGAUGAAUGAUAAGUCGACAAGGCCAGACGAUGAGGGGAGCGAUAAUAGAGAUGGUCAUCAGCGGCCAAACUCGGCUCGGUCCUCUUCACAAAACACCACGGAGGCGACGGCCCACCAGCAGGGAGACGCUGGCCACAGUGACACCAAGGGCGUCCGCCGGAAGAUCUUGGUGAUAGUACUAGUGCUGUGGUUGGGCAAUCUGCUUUAUCGUUAA